CCUUGAUAAAUAUGCAGGGUUUCUUUGCUAGUUGCAAAGCUACUAGCUCAAAGCAGGCUGGGUGACCUCAGACGGCUCCGCAGGGACCGGGUCACUGGAGCCACUAGUGAAAAUGAUGCUGUCACUACCAACUCAAAAGACCACCUAUCAGUGUGCCAUGUGCCAUCCCCUGGAGCACACACAUACACACACUCACACGUGUGUGCAUAUGUACACCUCCCCCAGGAGCUGCAGCCAAGACGGGCAUCCCACAUCAGAGGGAUGAAUGGCAGGUCUGUCCCGCCAGCUGUGUGCUCUCUCCCACCCCCAAGAAAGCAACAGACUCAGACAGCAGAGCCUGGAGGAGCCCACGCAGUCUGUUCCCGGCACGGCACCGGUGCGUGUGGAGGGACUUGAGGGCAGCGAAAUGGAAUCAGAAAGAGAAAUCGUCGACCUUCAACCUGGGAGCUCCGACCCCAGGAGGAGCCAACCCAUCAACCUGAACCACUACGCCACCAAGAAGAGUGUGGCAGAGAGCAUGCUGGAUGUGGCCCUGUUCAUGUCCAACGCCAUGCGGCUGAAGGCGGUGCUGGAGCAGGGGCCAUCCUCUCACUACUAUGCCACCCUGGUCACCCUCAUCAGCCUCUCUCUGCUCCUGCAGGUGGUCAUCGGCGUACUGCUCGUGGUUAUUGCGCGGCUGAACCUGAAUGAGGUAGAAAAGCAGUGGCAACUCAACCAUCUCAACAACGCAGCCACCGCCUUGAUCUUCCUCACUGUGGUCAUCAACGUUUUCAUUACAGCUUUCGGGGCACAUAAGACAGGGUUCCUGGCUGCCAGGGCCUCAAGGAGUUCUCUCUGAAUACCGCCUGGGAUCCAGGUACUGGGCCUGGAACUCCUGCCUCCUUCCUGCCUGAUCUGCCGGGCUCAUGGGCACUUUCCACAGCCCAGAAGAGCUGUCUGUCUAAGGCGGGUCUGUCUAAGGCCAAGUCUGCCCAGCUCAAGGACUCUGGUCCUGACUCUACCCUACUGCUUCCUUCUGCUCCAGGCCUGUUUUCCUUCCUGUAAAAUGGAAUCUAUAUCUAUAAAGGUUUCUUCAAAUCCA